UCGCAGAGCUCUGAGACGCCACACUGAGCUCUGGAAGCUAGCUGUGACGGACAAAAGCCACACACACACACACACACUUGGCAUGGAUAGCAAAGUUCUAGCGCUGGUGGCCCUGCUGACGCUCGCCAUACGGAGCCCAGAGACUGACGCUAAACCCAUCAGUCUGGUGGAGAGAUGUUGGUGCCGGUCCACUCUCAACACCGUCCCGCAGAGGAGCAUCCGUGAGAUUAAGUUCCUCCACACACCCAGCUGCCCGUUCCAAGUCAUUGCCAAGCUGAAGAACAACAGAGAGGUCUGCAUCAACCCCAAGACCAAAUGGCUUCAGCAGUAUCUAAAGAAUGCCAUUAACAAAAUAAAGAAGUCCAAGAAGCGUUCAAAGUAAACACGCGAGGAUGUGCGGGGAGGACCAUAGUGCAUCUCUGACCUCUACAGAGGCGCACAUCCUCUUCCCUCGCUCUCUUAGAUCACUCUUCCUCUUUCUGGACUGCUUGCACAAACAGCACUUCACCUAAACCAGCCUGCAGCUCACCAAAACACAACCAAACACCCAUCCCGACGCACUGCUACUGCUGGCUGUGACUCUUUACUGGUGCACGAGUGUGUGUAUGAGUGAAUGAAGCGAUUGAACGCGACCUUGAACGUGUGAAUGGGAAGGCAAGAGAAAUAUUUACAGGUUUUCCGCAACACAAAGGGCAGUAAAAAUGAGAGUUUGUGGAUUUGUGUCAUAGGAAUGUUUAACCUUUAGGAUAGUUUGGGAUUAAUAAGGGACGCAAGCAAGUGAAAAAGACGCAGAAAGUUAAAACUGCCCCUGUUCAAGCUCACUUUGGCUGUAGUCUAGGUGUUUAAAAGCACACAGCACACAUGAAUGAUCUAGCAUGCUAACGCUAGCUCUGUUCCAAAACCUAAUGAGCCGCCUACCUAGACGCCCAAUGCGAAAAAUGACAAAAUAAAUGGCCUUUUAUUACAUUUACGUCAGUAUCAGUUGUAUUUCACAAUUGAAGCAAUCCCAGAAUCCAUUGCGACAAGCUCGAUUUAAAAUCCAAGGCGGCGGACUUGAAAAGCAAUUCAUAAAUAUUCUCAAAUUUAAUUCAAUAUUUAAUAAAAAGUUACAAAUGGACUAUUGAUCCCUGUAUUCUUAAAAACUGCGCAAUUAGCUUAGCAACAUGCUAACGCCAAACUGUUUGGAAUCAAUUGUGAGCUUAACAUUUUUGAGGAGUGUUUCAAAUCAGUCACUUACAAAGUUCCAUAACAGUUUACACGACACCAAUUUCAACUAAAAACGUCAAACAUUUUAUGCGUUUUGGCCGUUCAUUUACACGUCAACGGCGU